AUGCGUAUCUUGUGUGUGGCCGAAAAGCCCUCGAUCGCAAAGAGCAUAGCGAACAUCCUCGCACGUGGACAUGCCUCGAAUCGUCCUGGAAAGGACAAGUUCUGCCGCAACUAUGAUUUCCAGUACCGCAUGCCUGGUGUGCAAGGUAUGGUGGAUAUGACCAUGACCUCGGUGCGUGGCCAUCUCACCAACACCGACUUUGGCCCUCAACACAAGGCUUGGUUCUCGUGUCCGCCCGCAGAUCUCUUCCAGGCUCCUGUUAUCACAAACCUCAGCGAUGAUGCAAAAGAUAUCGGGACAAAUCUCCGCCUGGAAGCUCGGAAUGCCGACGCCGUCAUGAUCUGGACCGAUUGCGAUCGUGAAGGCGAGCACAUUGGAAGCGAGAUUGUCGCUGAAGUGCGCAAAGUGCGUCGCAAUAUCCGCGUCAUGCGUGCCCGAUUCUCUGCUAUCAUCGACUCGCAGAUUCAUGCGGCUUGUCAGAAUACCGUCGAGCUCGAUUGGAGGGCUGCCGACGCUGUCGAGUCGCGAAUUCAGCUCGAUCUGCGUAUAGGUGCCGCUUUCACACGUAUGCAGACGUUGGCACUUCAGAAUCGCAUACCUGCCCUCGGCGAGCAGCGCCACGUCAUCAGCUACGGCCCUUGCCAGUUUCCUACGCUCGGAUUCGUGGUAGAUAGGUACAAGAAGGUCGUCCACUUUGUGCCCGAGCCAUUCUGGCUGCUGCAGGUGCACAAGUCACGUAGUAUGUCCGGAGGCGACCCAUCACCGGACGAUCCGCCAGAAGAGAUCCGCAAAGUUGUCUUCAAUUGGGACAGAGUUCACUUGUUCGACAAGUGCGCUGUGCAGAUAUUUUGCAAGCUCUGCCGUGAUAAUCCGGAUGCCACAGUCGACAGUGUGGCGACUAAGCAGACCAAAAAAUGGAAGCCGUAUCCUCUCACCACGGUUGAGCUUCAAAAGUCGGGCUCACGCCUCUUGCGACUCACGCCCAAACGUAUUCUGGAUGUGGCAGAGUCGCUGUACCAAAAGGGAUUCCUCUCCUAUCCAAGAACCGAGACGGAUGAGUACGACAAGGACUUAGACUUUACCAGCCUCAUUGCAAAGCAGACAGCCGACAGUGCAUGGGGCAACGUUGCACAACGGCUUCUGGAUGGCGCCUUUGAACGCCCUCGCAAUGGCAAGAACAACGACAAGGCGCAUCCGCCCAUCCACCCGACUUCGCACGCCAGCGGUCUCACCGGCGAUGACAAGCGCGUCUAUGACUAUGUGACACGACGCUUCCUUGCCAGCUGCUGGACCGAUGCAAUCGGUAAUCAAACAAGCGUAGCCAUCAGCAUUGCAGGCGAGAAGUUCCAUGCUUCGGGGUUAGUGAUCCUGCAACGAAACUAUCUCGAGGUGUUCACGUACGACAAGUGGGAAGGCAAUCUGCUGCCUCCUUUCGUUCGAGGCGAAACCUUUCGACCGACGCGACUCGAGAUGAAGGAAGGCGCCACGUCGCCGCCCAAACUGCUCACCGAAGCCGAUCUGGUGAGCCUCAUGGACAAGAACGGCAUCGGUACCGACGCUACCAUCGCCGACCACAUCGCCAAGGUCGUCGAGCGUCGCUACGUGAUGCAAGUCAAGGAAGGCAAGACCACAUAUCUCGUUCCGUCGACGCUGGGUAUCGGCCUUGUGGAAGGGUACAACCAACUCAACAUGGAAAAGUCGCUUAGCAAGCCUCUGCUGCGUCGCGAGACCGAGUUUCGCAUGUCGCUCAUUUGCGCCGGUCAGCGAAGCAAAGCAGAGACGAUCGCCGAGAGCCUGGACGAGUAUCGCCAAGUGUUUGCGCUCACCCAUCGCGAGUUUGAUCGUAUCGCGGCAACGGUGGUGCAUUAUCUGACCGAUCCAAAUGCCGGACAGGAAGCGCGCGCGGUCGAACUUCUUGACAGGGACCAAGAAAAAUCGGAUGAAAUCGCCGACGACGAUAGUGACGCGGACAGCGAUGACGGAUUUGAUGGGCCUGGAAAUGGCGGUGCAGCAACCCGUGGGCGUGCAGCAAGAACGCGUGGCAGAGGAAGCGCUAGCACGCGACCUACUCGAGGCGCACGCGGUGGUGAACGUGGAGGUGCGACAGCAGCUCGACCUGCACAACGUCAGGACGCAUCAGACGACAACGACGGUAACAGCAUUGUGAUGGCUCCACCGCCUUGUGCGAAUGGAGGAUCCGUCAAUGCUGCGCCACGCCCAUUUGGGGCACUGGCAACUGGCACAACUGGAACGAAACAAUGUCUGUGCGGUGACCCCGCUGCAGAGCGAACGGUGAACAAGGCCGGACCGAAUCAAGGACGUCGCUUUCUCGCAUGUGCAAAAGCGAUGGGCGAUUCGAGCAAGUGCGACUUUUUCGAUUGGCUCGACUCGGCAUGCGGCGGUGGUGAAGCGCAAAGCACGGGCACCACGACCAGAAGCGUCCCAGCCAAGCGACACAUGCCUGCAGACAGUGAUGAUGGCUGGCUGCCGAACAUGCGCACUUUCAACUCUGGCGAAAUACGACGAUGCAACUGUGAUCUACAAGCGGUACUCAAGACUACGACCAAGGGAGGGGCGAACCAAAGUCGAUCUUUUUGGACUUGUGGUCGCGAGAGUGCGCGAUUGCGGUGCAGAUUUUUUGAAUGGAACGAUGAGGACGGUCAAGGUGGAGGCGGCAGCACGGGCGGUGGGUAUGGAGGACCGUCGAACGACUCUAACAGUCGUGGCGGUGGAUGCUUCCGAUGUGGACAGAGUGGUCACUGGGCACCUGACUGUCCCAACCCGCAGCAGCAGCAGCAGCAACAGAAUAGCACGCGAGGCUCGACGUUCAAUAGAGGAAGAGGAAGAGGAAGAGGACGAGGCAGGGGCAGAGGCGGCUCAAAAGGUGGCGGCUCGAAGGGUGAUGGCUGUUUCCAGUGCGGUAAGAAAGGUCAUUGGUCGAGCGAGUGUCCUGGUGCGUAG